GCUAGAUUGACUUGAGGAUUGAUCAGAAGGAUCAAGCCUCAUAUAUAUACCUAGAAUAGGCGAUGGGAUCACCUGAAUUGGUAGUUGUGAUCUCCUUGUAGAUUGUGGAUAUGAUCACUAUGAGCGGAGCUCUUAGUGAUUAAUUUGAUAAGAGUGUAUACGUCUACAAGGGAGAUCGUAGUGAUCAAUAUAACUUUGCAAGAAGUGUGCGAAGUUACAGUCACGUGAGAUCCACGUGGUAUUACGCGGGAUAUAGGUUUUUUCCGUGACACACCCCCCAGAUCAGCCAAAUCCGGUUGAUCUGCAUUUUUAUAGAUAAACAAACGAAAAUCCUCUUGGCGACAGCUGAGCUGCGAUUGGUGGUAAACGGGUCUAGGUGGGUAAUCGAAUUGAUUUCCCCUGCCUGUCCUGCGAGUACACAAACAAAGAGGAGAAAAUGAUAUAAUGUCGUAAAGAAAAUUUUGCUGAAUGAGCUGUGGCACACACGGAUACGUGCGCGUUUGUAUGUAGAUCCUCAGUUGAGUGAUCUGAUGUCUCGGAGACUUGCUGGUAGGAUUGAUCCCGUCGAUUUUGAGAGUGAUCAAACGCGUUAAUCAUGGGUGUCGAUUCGAGAGAUUAUCGCGCACGGUGUUUGUGGCGGUGGUAGGCCUAAAUGACCCACUUCAAGGAUGAAAAGUUUUUCACUCUGGUAAUUGGUGAAUGAGGUGAUAAGAAUGGGUUGGUUUCCACUUGAUUAGUCCUGAUUUUGAGUAGCUUCAAUCAGUUUUUUCCUUAUGCCUUCCCCAAUUAGAGAUUCUGAUUCUGAGCGAAUCAUUCUUCCUCCUCUGCUUGAUCAUAUUAAAUCUUUCCGCGGGGUUGAUUCUUCUCGUUGUUUCACUCCUGUUAAUCCUUUGCCCAAGACUCCUACACGGAGUGGUACGGUUGCAGGCCCUUCGAGUGGUCCUUGUGAUUCUCGUGUAGUUCCUGUUGCUCGUCGAGCGCAUUCUCCUCGUUCUGAGAGUAGAAAGUCGGCCAAACUUGCUCCUAGCUUUGGGUUGUUUGCGGAGUCUAGUGCUCGGUUGGAGAGAGUGAGAGAUGCUCGAAGCGUGAUGCCCCUUCAUAACGAAGAGAACAAUCAGACUGUAAUCACUGCUGCGGAUCGUGAGGAUCCUUUUUGUUCGCCUGAUUCGAGGGAUAUGAGGGAGUUUCCUCCUGAUGGAAACAGUUCAUCUCCUUCGUCGGAUGAUUCUUCGUCUUCUUCCUCCUCCCAUUUUCCUUCCCCUCGUCCUAAGUCGAAAAGGAUGAAAGUUGUUCCCAAGGUUGCAUCGAGGAGAAAAGGUCGUUCGAAGACUGUUUCUCGUGAUCCAGUGAACAAGGGUGUCCAGAAUGAGGUGCCUUGUACUGAGUGUGUUCGAUCUCUUUUGUCUGGUCGCCACGAGGAUCACGGGAAGUGUUUCAGGAGAAAAAGUGGUGGCUCAGCUCGGUGUUGGAAGUGUAAUACUCACGAGUGUUCAGCUCUCCCUGUCUUUUUGCGAUCAUUGGCUGUUCGAUUGGUAGAGCUUUGGGACCCCGAACAUGUGUCGAUCCCUGGGAAAAAAACAAUUCCUAAUAAGAAAUCGGCUCGUGUUGCGAUGUCAGUUAUGUUGGCGAUGGAAAAAGAGGAUAAGGAGUUUAUCGAUCUUGACUCUCUCUCAUCAUCAACACAGAGUGUUUCUCCUGUCCGGUCCGUAUUGUCUCCUUCUGCUAAGAAGAAGUCAUUACCUCCCUCUCCGACUAGGAAGCGGAAAUCUACUCCGACCCCUCAGUCUCCUGUUGCGAAGCGUGCGAAGAGUGGCAAGGUGGUUUCGUCGGCUAGUCCUAGUUCUAGGACUAGAUCCAAGUCUGUUCAGCCUGAUCCAGGUCCUGCAGGUGCCAAAGGAAAAGGGAAGCAGGUGACAUUUUCUAUGGAUGAUGAUAGUGAUCUAGAUGAGGAGUAUCAUUCAGUUGGUAAGGAUGAUAUUGUUGAUUCUAGUGACGAUCUGAUCGAGAAAAAGAAGCAGUUGGAUAUGUUGGCACUUGAGAUUGAGUACGCUACAAAGAAGCGAGCUCUUGAAGGAAAAUAUGUCAUAUAAAUCCCGUUUAAUUUGCUUGAUCAUUAUGAUCAUUCUUCAAUAUGGUGUGAAUAUAACUUUGCAAACUUUUUGCGAAGUUAUGUCUGUCGCGAUUUAUCUGCUUUCCUUGAUCCUCAUGCUCACGUCUUGGAGAUUUAGAAGUGCUAUGAAGUGGCCGAACUUUUGUCGUGAUAGGUUCUUGGUUAAACCAUCUGCCGCCAUUUCAGCUGUUGGAAGAUAUGUGAGAUAGAAGUUCCCUUUUGCAUAUUCUUGUCUUAACCACAUAUUCUGGAUAUCAACAUGUCUUAGUUUUGUAGUGAUUCUUUCGUUUUCUCCUACCACUAAUCUAAUUGAUUGUUGAUUA